GACCGGAAAAAGGUCAAAAGUACGAAAAAGCCACCGCCUUUCUCCUCUAUUUUUCUCCGUUUCUUCACAGACAGCUCCUUAUCUGAGGGUAAAAGCGACUUACCACUUCGAUCACCUGCUCCGGUAACUUGAGCCAUUGGAAAGGCAGCUCUGGGAUGUAAAUCGGAGCUUCGGCUUUCUUUAAGAGUGCAGCUGAAUCUGAGUUAACAAACGAAAUGGAUCGAGGUCUGAUUCCGGGUCCGGGUAUGGAUAUGCCGAUCAUGCACGACAGUGACCGGUACGAUCUUGUUAAAGAUAUCGGGUCGGGUAAUUUUGGGGUUGCGAGGUUGAUGAGAGAUAAGCAGACUAAAGAGCUAGUUGCUGUCAAGUAUAUCGAAAGAGGCGAUAAGAUAGAUGAAAAUGUUCAGCGGGAGAUAAUCAAUCACAGGUCCCUGAGGCAUCCUAACAUAAUUAGAUUCAGAGAGGUGAUUUUGACGCCAACUCAUCUCGCUAUUGUGAUGGAAUAUGCAUCGGGUGGGGAGCUUUUUGAGAGAAUUUCUAAUGCAGGGCGUUUCAAUGAGGAUGAGGCUCGCUUCUUUUUCCAGCAGCUUAUAUCUGGCGUCAGCUACUGUCACUCCAUGCAAGUAUGUCAUCGGGACUUGAAGCUGGAAAAUACAUUGCUUGAUGGAAGCCCUGCUCCUCGGCUAAAAAUUUGUGAUUUUGGGUAUUCCAAGUCUUCUCUGCUGCAUUCGCAACCAAAAUCAACAGUGGGAACUCCUGCUUAUAUUGCUCCAGAAGUUUUGUUGAGGCAAGAAUAUGAUGGCAAGGUUGCAGAUGUGUGGUCGUGUGGGGUGACAUUGUAUGUCAUGUUAGUGGGUGCUUACCCUUUUGAGGAUCCUGAUGAACCAAAAGAUUUCCGGAAGACGAUAAACAGAAUCCUGAGUGUGCAGUAUUCUAUUCCAGAUAACAUUCAGAUAUCUGAGGAAUGUCGCCACUUAAUCUCUAGGAUCUUUGUUGGAGAUCCGGCACAGAGGAUCACAAUGCCUGAAAUCAAAAAUCAUGUAUGGUUUCUGAAGAAUCUUCCGGCAGAUUUAAUGGACGAUAAGAUGAUAAGUGACCAGUUUGAAGAGCCCGAUCAGCCAAUGCAGAGCAUAGAUACGAUCAUGCAAAUAAUCUCAGAGGCAACAGUACCACCAGUUGGCUUGUAUAACUUGGAAAUGAUGGAUGAUGACAUGGAUGACUUGGAUUCAGAUCCUGAUCUUGAUAUUGAUAGCAGCGGGGAGAUCAUAUAUGCAAUGUGAGUGCACCUCACUGCCAUGCUUGUGAAAGAAGUCGUACUGCAUUCUUACGAGAACAUUUCUGGACUUGUUGGUGUUCAAGGCAUAGAGAUUAUUGAAUACUCAGCAGCAAGAACAUGGACUAACAAUGCUUGUAAUCAAUCAAGUUCUUAUCCUGGAAAGGGGCUUUUAGUGUACCCAUGAAUUAUUUCUCCUAUCGCCAUAGGAGGAAUUGGCUAAAAAAGUAAUGGAGUUUUCAUACUUGAGUUCAAAAUCUCUUCUCUUACAGUGUUAUACAGUGAAGUUCGUUUGUAACUCUUGUACUUGCUUAUUUGCUUUUGUGUCAAACCAUGUGUCUUUGUGGUUUUUGUAAGUUUGAGAUGCUUAUAGUCUUAGGGCUUGUGUAUUACAAUAUUGUUAGCAAAGAUUUUCCUUUCUGUAUAGUUUAACUGCCCUUCUGGUUGAUGUUAUAUUUU